AUGAGUAGUAAUGACGACGAGAUAUUUGAUCUGGUGCAGAGACUAGUAUUGAGCGUUUUGCAGCCCGAUGCGUCUCAUCAGCGAGUGAACUUUCUGGCAGACGAAUGUAUGCAAUUAUUAGUGGAGGCUUCUGCCAAUAGAGAUAACCAAUAUUAUACGCUACAGGAUAUAGCUGGUGAUAUUGAAAAGCACCUUUUAGGACCCGGGACAGAUGUGGCAGUGCGAUUCAAUAACCUUCUAUCGCGGUUAGUGUCCAAUAGAAAUGUGAACAAUGUAUCUGAACAACUAGAGUUUUUGAGUUCUAUGGCAUAUGUUGAAAAUCAGGAUCAAGCUCUAGCAGCUGAAGCUAAUACGAAGUUUAAAGUUGCUGAUGAAAUUGAUUAUCAAAGAUUACCCCGUGGUCCAGGGAGCAGGCCGAGAAGUCGUGGCCCUGUAGACAUCAAUAGCCCUGGUAUCUACAUUCAGGCUCUACAUGAUGAGCAGGUUCCAUCUAUGGAGGAGCUGAUGAUAGACCUUCCAUUUGCGCUACAAGGAUUGAAAACGAAUCAUUUCAAAUGGAUCACAAAUAAGAACAGAGAUAGAAUUAGUGCUGGGUCAUCUCCUGGAGUGUCGCUUGAAAUCCCUUCAACCCUUCCAUUCCCUUUGAUCUCCCUGUCUUACCAGCUCUUAGAGCCAGGCCUCUUAUAUAAAGAGAUCAGGUCUAUGAUAGAGGCCAAGGAAACAGAAAGUGAUGAGAGCAAUGCUCGAGGAGGGACAGCGAAUGGAAGGACCGAGCAGGCACCGAGUCAUAGUACGCCAAUAUCAGCAGGACCAAGCCUACCACGACCAAGUCUCGUGCGACAAUCUCUGAAAAGUGCUAUUGACCAGGAACUUAAUUCGUAUCUUGCGUUAGUUGGAUAUAUUGAGAACGAGGCCCGAAAGACUAUGCGUGUCAACGAUUCAGAUGAUGCCACAACUGCAACAAGAACCGCUACUAGCGGACUGGACGAGUCCUCACACAAAUCCUUGUUGACAAUACGAAAAUGUGUUUCUCUUCUCAGAGAAGCCACAAUAGGACUGCGGCUUCUGCAUUCCAUUGUCAGGCAGUCUGAAUCACUGAAAGGUGGACAGAUUCUGUCCUUGCUCCACAAAAGUUCCUAUAAUGGAGAUGAAUAUAUAUCUCUGUUUGCUAAAAAACUACUUGGGAAAGUUUCUAAACCAUUUUAUGAAAUUCUAAGUGAAUGGAUCAGUAGCGGCCGACUGGUGGAUCCAUAUGGCGAGUUUUUUGUUCGAAUAGGAUCUGCGAAUGCCAUUUGGAAUAAUCGAUUUGUAUUCGACCAGGAUUUAGUGCCGAGUUUUAUGUCUGCAAAUAUAGCUCGUCAAGCUUUUGAAACUGGCAAGACGCUCUAUUUCAUCAGAGUUGCAUGUGAUGAUAACGAAUGGAUUGUUACAAGGCGAAGAGACCACAACCUAUGGGCAUCAAUAAACGACUAUACUAAAUUAGAAAACCAAAUAUUCCUGGGAUACGACCAGGUCGUUGAGCAUCUUAAUCAUUUAUUACGAACGAAAUUCCAUCUUGAUCUCCAUUUACAAGGACUGAAGGAUUAUCUAUUGUUAGGCAAGGGUGACUUUGUCCAAUUGCUAGUCGAAGAAGCAGCACCUACGCUAGACCAGCCAGCAGCAUCCUUAUUAAGGCACCACCUAACUUCCAUGCUGGAAACCGCUAUUCGUAGUUCUAAUGCACAAUUCGAUAGCCCGGAGGUGCUGAAAAGCGUGGACGCUCGUAUGCUAGAGCUGGGUCAUGGGGAUAUCGGAUGGGAGGUGUUCACUCUCGAAUACCGAGUAGAACAACCUCUAGAUAUUGUCAUCUUAGAUAGCCGAUCGUCGAGACAGUAUCUAAGAGUAUUCAACUUUUUGUGGAGAAUCAAAUGGGCUAGCUUUUCACUAUACUAUGUAUGGAAGCUGCUAGCAAUUAGCCAUCGAGGCGGACAAGUGGAUAAAUCUUAUGAAGAGCCUUGGAGACAAGUUCGAUGUACCUGUCAGGAGAUGAUGCAUUUUAUAAGUGAGCUCCAGUACUAUAUCAACUACGAAGUAGUAGAAAUGUCAUGGUCAGCAUUACAGAAGGAGCUUGCCAAGGGAGGUGGACGACUUACUGUCGACGAAACCAUCGAAUCGCAUCGCAAAUACCUGAAACAAAUCACUCACAAAGGUCUACUUGGUGGUGGCAGUCUUAUUGGUGAACUUCACGAAAUUAUAAAGGAUGUGCUCUCGUUCCGAAGUCUUGUCGAGGGAAUGCAUAACCUGUCAACUCCAAGAACUACAGACGAACUGGCCCGCUUUGAAACGUUGCUGAAAGGAAUUAACGGGCUCCAGCACAAUUUUGCAACCAACGUGGAAAACCUAGUACACAAACUCAAGCAGGAAGAAGAUAGUGAGAUGCGUUUCCUAGCUGUCCGUCUGGACUUUAAUGGCUACUAUACACGUCAACGAUUGCUACGAACUAAAUAA